AUGUAGAAAACCAUUGAUUGCUAAAUGUCCAUAAAGAUCUUUUCGUUGACCGAUUUUUCUAAUAUUUCAGUAGGAAUUUUCGGAUCGCAGCAAGUUCUUAGCAGCCUGGGUCGAUAAACAGGCAUCCUUGUGCGCAGGUGCUGAAGGGAGGAGUGAAUUAAAAUGAAUCGCCAGGUUGACACAAAAACGCGCGGCCGUGCGGAACGUACGUCGGCGCGGCGGCCAGGUGAUUACAACCUCGCGCCGCACGUAUUCCACUCACGUCGACGUCUGUUAGGCUCGUCUGGCGACGCCGCUACGCAAGGACGUCACCGCUGACGACGGCACUGCGAUCCGCCACGUUAAGCCGUGACGUUGGACGUCAGCUUGGCGUUGUUCUGUCUCCGUUGAGACGGAGAAACGUAGAAGAUUUUGUCAUUUUCCAGACGCACGCGUGUAAAGACUCCAGGUUAGUGAGCGCGCGAAGACUCCAGGUGAGCAGGACGGGAAACCUUGGGACGGAAUUCUUGAGGAGGAGGGGUGCUUGUCGGGGCUGUGGACAUUCAGAACGGAAUUACCAAAUCUGCGGGAGGAGGGGUGGUUUUAGAUGGCAUUUUAGAGGAAGAGGGACGCUUUUCGUGGGGGCUGUGGACAUUUGGAACGAACCGGUGCAGACUUAUUAUCCGCCGUGUCACGUCUAUUUCAGCACAGCGGUAAAAACUCACCCGAUGUUUUCUCUACAUGAUGAGAAAUGAACCGCCCCAUCCGUCAACGUCAACAUUAUAAUUUUCCUUCCGGCUGUUGUGCGGGGGUGACCGGGAAGAGGCCCAGGUGAGCCCCGCUAACCAGCACCGACCGGCCAGCAGGAGGCCAAGUGUCGGUGCGCAUGCUGUUUCUGUGGGGUUCAGCAGACUCAAACUGCCCCUCCCCUCCACUGGAUUUCCACCUGUCCUGUCGGCUGACUCCGUCCGCCAUUCAUCCACCCAUGGCCUUUGACCUCUCCGGUGUUUGGCGGCGAUCAAUGCGGGUUUAGGAGUCACGUGUGUUGCGGACGGCUGGGCGCUGUGUUGGGCUGCUGGCAGGACGGCGGGCCGUUGGAUCGGCGGUGCGUCAGGCUUUACUUGCGGGGCCCGCAGCUAGCAUGAACACGGCUGCACCAUGAGGAGACGCCUCCCGGCAUGGCUGCGGAUGUUCACCUCCUGGGUAUGGAUUACCUUGCUUUGUAAAGAAACGCUGGCAGCAGAAGCGGAAGAGCGCCUUGUCCAGAGACUAUUCAACGAGUCCCGCUACAAUCCUCUCAUCAGACCGGCCAGGUACAACGGCGAGAAGGUCCUGGUCCACUUUCGUCUGUCCAUCUCUCAACUCAUUAACGUGGACGAAAAGAAUCAGAAGAUGAAAACAAACGUCUGGCUUCAUCAGGAGUGGUUUGACUACAGACUGUCCUGGGAUCCUAGGGAAUAUGAUAACAUCAAAGUCAUCCGAGUCCCGUCAGAAAUCGUCUGGAGACCAGAAAUUGUUCUUUUUAACAACGCUAACGGUCAGUAUGACGUCCAGCUGAUGCCGAAAUGCCUGAUCUACUCCGGCGGGAACAUCACGUGGAUCCCGCCCGCCAUCUACGAGAGCGCCUGUCAAAUCGACGUGCGCUUCUUCCCGUUCGACCAACAGAACUGCUCCAUGAAGUUUGCGUCCUGGACGUACGACGGGACGGAGCUGGACCUGGAGCUGAAAGACACCAAUGCCGUCAUGGACGACUUCAAGAAAAACGGCGAGUGGGACAUCCUCAGGUUACCUGGCAGGAAAAGUUCUCAUGCUGGAGAUCCACUUCCGUAUGUUUACUUUGAUUUCAUCUUGAUGAGAAGGCCUCUGUUCUACACAAUUAACCUGAUCAUCCCGUGUAUUCUCAUCACGUCCCUGUCGGUGCUGGUGUUUUACCUGCCGUCCGACUGUGGGGAGAAGAUCACACUCAGCAUCUCCGUGCUGCUGGCCCUGACUGUGUUCCUGCUGCUGAUCGCCGACAUCAUCCCGCCGACUUCUCUGGACGUGCCGCUCAUCGGGAAGUACAUCAUGUUCACCAUGAUCUUCGUCACCUUCACAAUAGUAACCACAGUGUACAUAUUGAACGUUCACCACCGUCACCCCAGCACGCACACGAUGCCGCCCUGGGUCAGAACGGUUUUCCUGGACAAACUGCCCAGGCUGCUGCUGAUGAAAAGGCCGGUGUUGCACCGCAGGUUCAGCACGGUGGACGUGUGGGACCCCCCGCAGCCUUUUCUAUCCACUCCUCCCUCCAGCCUCCUCCAUCAUUCCACAUCCUCUCUCCAGCACCGCCCGGAAACAGCGAGCAUGCUGGGAAAUCACGUGGAUUCAGACGAUAGUGACACGUGCUUGAAAGCAAAGUCCGCCAUUUUGUAUGAGAACCAGUGUCGGAAGUAUGCGCUGCGCGUGUCUGAGUCGAGCGCGCGGAACCCUCACGAGGACUUCCCGGAGGACCACACGGACAGCCCGUACUACUCUCCCCGGACACGCCCGGCACACACACACUACAAGCAGAUAGACCUGCCACCGGAGGUGCCCUCGGAUCUACCACCAGAGCUGAAAAAGGCCGUGAAAAAUGUCAGAUACAUUGCGGAUUACUUCCGGAGUCACGACCAAGACCUCAGCAUAUCAGAGGACUGGAAGUACGUCGCCAUGGUGAUCGACCGUAUCUUCCUGUGGACCUUUGUGUCGGUGUGUUUUAUCGGCACCCUGGGCCUCUUCCUGCAGCCGCUGCUGUUCGGCAACACCCUAUCUGAGGAAGAGGAGCCGCCAGGGGGCGCUCGUUGACGUGAUCUACUGGGGAUCAUAAGCUACGAAGAAAACAUACCGGACCUGUGCAUUCAAUGUUCGCUGGAACCCAGCCGAUGGCACGUAGCCAAGUUAUGAACUAACAAACGCGGCCGUUGCCACAUCUCAGAGCUGAGAUUUGAAUUGCACCAAAACUUUUCCUGUUCCGGGCAAGGCUAACACACUGUGACCUAUCUCUGUCCUGGACACGGCUAACACACCUGUCUCUAUUAAGAGCACGGCUAACAUGCCUGUCUCUGUUCAGGGCACUACCAGCACACAUGUUCCUAUUCAGGGCACUGCCAACACACAUGUCUCUCUUCAGGGCACUGCAAACACACUUGUCUCUCUUCAGGGCACUGCCAACACAUGUACACUUGUCCCUCUUCAGGGCACUGCUAACACACAUGUCUCUCUUCAGGGCACUGCUAACACACAUGUCCCUCUUCAGGGCACUGCCAACACACAUGUCCCUCUUCAGGGCACUACCAACACACAUGUCCCUUUUCAGGGCACUGCCAACACACAUGUCCCUUUACAGGGCAAUGCCAACACACAUGUCCCGGGGCACUGCCAACACAC